UCGAGACAGCCCAGGAUUCCCCCAAAGGACAAUGGAUUCUGGAACUCGCCCAGCUGGUAGUUGUUGUAGUGGCCCUCCAGGGCUCUCAAGAGAGUACAAGCUAGUGAUGCUGGGCGCUGGUGGUGUAGGGAAAAGUGCAAUGACCAUGCAGUUCAUUAGCCACCGAUUCCCAGAAGAUCAUGACCCCACCAUUGAAGAUGCAUAUAAAAUCCGGAUCCGUAUUGAUGAUGAGCCAGCCAAUCUGGACAUUUUGGAUACAGCUGGACAGGCAGAGUUUACAGCCAUGAGGGAUCAGUACAUGAGGGCAGGAGAAGGGUUUAUCAUCUGUUAUUCCAUCACGGAUCGGAGAAGUUUCCAUGAAGUUCGGGAGUUUAAACAGCUUAUUUAUCGAGUUCGACGUACUGAUGAUACACCUGUGGUUCUUGUGGGAAACAAGUCCGACCUAAAACAGCUAAGGCAGGUCACCAAAGAAGAAGGAUUGGCUUUGUCCCGAGAAUUCAGCUGUCCCUUUUUUGAGACAUCUGCUGCUUACCGCUACUACAUUGAUGAUGUGUUCCAUGCCCUUGUUCGGGAGAUCCGUAGGAAAGAAAAGGAGGCAGUCCUGGCCAUGGAGAAAAAGUCUAAACCCAAAAGCAGUGUAUGGAAGAGGCUAAAGUCACCAUUCCGGAAGAAGAAAGAUUCAGUAACUUGAAGGGGAAGAUGUGAAGUGUUUAUCUGUGAACUGCAGUGCUUGUCAAAGCAGUCCAGUAACCUGCACUAGGGAGCAUGGUGCUUGCUUUUUCUCCUAUUAUGACCGUUGUUUUUUAAGUAACUGAUGAGGACCAUGCCUGCUAGGAGUUUUCAGUGAUGCAGUAUUUAAAGUAUUGUGUUAAUUAAUUCUGAUUUAUUAACCCAGUGGAGUGCUGUCUGCUUGUAAAUUGUCACAUUAGAAUCUGAUCCACCAAUGUGUUGGGUUUCAUUACCGAUAUUAAUUGAUUAGUGUAAAUUGUUUAUACCCUGG